CUGUCUGAAAAGGUGUACGGAAGCCCAUGUCAGGCAUAUUCAUUGCCGCGGUCGAUUUGGGGCUGCUGGCUGCGCACGCAGCCGCCCGGGUAAUCUUUCCACUUCACUCUCCAAUUAAAUUGUUUAAUCCAUGUGUUCGUGAGGUCACUAUGCGAAAGUAAUCUUCACCCGUCAAAAUUCCGAAUUUUCCUGUUGGCCACGGCGAAUUUUCACAUGGGAGUCGUUUGGUCGACUCGAACCGGUGACGUCACCGCCGGUCGUGCGGGCGCACUGUUAAACCAACACAACCGUUUUGAGCAUAAGCACUUGUGUGCUGUGUUUCUCGCACACGCCACCUGAGUACAAAUGGGCCGCCUGCUGACGCGUCAUCACAUUCAGGCUGUAAUUAUGUCAUCUCCCAGCCGGGACGCAGGUGCGACGUCAGGAGGCUAAAAUGCUGGAUGCAACUUUUUUUAAUUUUUUUCCCCCCCAACGCGAUAAACUUCGGCAAGAAAGUCAAGGGUCGUCCUGACAGUUCAAUGAACGCGCUGAUUUCCGGAUCAUGAGAAGACUCAUAUGAAGAUUAGGAUUUGCUAAGGAGGUACCUGGAUUUAGUGUUGACUGAUUGUUCAAGCAGAGAUAAUGCCUGAUGAAGAGCCUUGGGUAGGAACAUGGAGGCCCCACAGACCGCGAGGGCCCAUAGCUGCCCUCUAUAGCAGCCCAGGGCCAAAGUAUGCACUUCCUUCACUGACAGGUUCUACUCUACAUGAUCCGACAAAAUACAAAGCACCCAGUUACAGCUUUCGGGCCCACUAUGACAUAAGCGCGCAAGAAAUCUCACCUGGACCUAAACACCUCAUCCCCUCCAACAUCACCAAAAACGGCCGUGAUGGGACGCCAGCAUUUUCGUUCGGCACUCGCCCCAAGGACCUAGCGCGGGCCCAAGUCCCGGCACCCAACCAUUACCAACUUGAAAGUUCAGACAAGGUCACUUACCACUCUUCUCCUUCUUAUACGUUGUCUGGGAGGUGGAAACAAGUUAUACAGAGCAACCAGACGACACCUGGUCCAGCAUCGAACAGUCUACCUCCUGUGCUGGGACCCAAAACUGUCACGAUACGCGCAGCACCCGCACACUCGCUCUACGGUCGCAGUAAAAAUGGCAACUUCAUGGAAGACUACACAAAGUCUCCAGGUCCUGCUGCCUACCAAGCUGUUGACCCCAAAGUUUACCUCACCAAAUCCCCUCAAUACAGUAUGCCGGGGCGCAAGUUCAUGCCUCAGAGCGCUACAAGGACACCAGCACCUGGAGUCUACUGUCCUGAAAAGGUCACCACCACGCACUCCAAAGCACCAGCCUUCACCUUUGGAUUACGUCACUCGCAGUACACCAUAUGCCCCAUCAUGGAUGCAGAUAAAUACCAACAGUCGUUCUCCUUCCUUUGAGCUGGACAUUUCAACACAGCGUCAUCAGAUGAGGCAAAGCGGUCAAAGACAGCGGAUGAGAUUCAUUGAUGAGAUCUCACAGUUCAGCGUUUGCAAUGCUUUGUCUCGUCUGUGAAUGUGAUUCACAAUUGCAAACCAUCGGGAAAUGUCCUUCCUUUCCAUCACAUCCAACUGUGGCUCAUCCUCAAUUAAGGCGUACUGAACCACGCUUCAAUGUACCCUGCAGGUGGCAAUUGUGAUCUCAUCGGUGUCAGGAGAAUUUAUUACUUUGUGUUCUACAGUAUUUUAAUAAUAAAUAAUAAAGUUUAUGGUACAGUACAGUAAGACCAGCAUUCAUACACUGGCUUAUUUUUAUGUGCCUUCUCUUCUGGCAGGAAAUUACAGAGCAUUGUGUAAUAUUGUUUUUCCAGUUAUUGUGCAAAAUUAUUCACUGCAUGUCUGCCUCAAAAUUGGGCUAUUUUGCACACUUUAUGCACCAUUCUAAACAGUAGAAUGUACAAAAUAGCCCAAUAACAUGAAGAAAAAUGGCAAAUUGUGCCACUCGUGAUUUACAGCUUAAAUCUCACAAAGGCACUUAAAUUCUUAAUAUGGCCAGGGUCUGAAUAAUUUUUUUGGCUUAAAUAGUCAUGUCCUUUUUGUAUAUUGAAUUUGUACAAAUAAGAAAUGUAAAGUUUAUUUUAUAUAUACUGCAUAUAUAUUUAUCUAUAAUGUUAUGUAUGUGGAUUUUAUGGUGAGAAUGCUGAAUAAAUAACUUGACAUUAGA